CGGGGGCGGCGUCACUGGGCUGCGCCCGCCUAGCGAGCAGUAGUCCUGCGGCUCUGGUCUGUGUCUGUGUUUUUUGUCGCGUCUCCCACUGCUCGUCGCCCCCGUUUCCAUGUCCCUGGUGGGUGCCGAACCCCAGAACAUCCCACGAACAUGGCCACUAGCUCGAGGGAGUCCUCGUUCUCUUCCUGCGCUUCGAACUCUGACCUGGAUGACGAGGGAGUGCGCGGCACCUGCGAAGAUGCUUCUCUUUGCAAGAGGUUUGCAGUGAGCGUCGGCUACUGGCAUGAUCCAUACAUCGAGCAUCUUGUGAGGCAGUCUAAAGAGAGGAAGGCCCCUGAAAUUAACAGAGGAUAUUUUGCUCGAGUUCAUGGUGUCAGCCAGCUCAUUAAAGCUUUUCUCCGGAAGACAGAAUGUCGUUGUCAAAUUCUCAACCUUGGGGCUGGGAUGGACACCACCUUCUGGAAGUUAAAGGAUGAAGGUCUUCUCCCAAAUAAAUAUUUUGAAGUCGACUUUCCAAUGAUAGUCACGAGAAAGCUGCACACCAUCAAAAGCAAGCCAUUUCUGUUCAGACCCAUCAUGGAGUUACACCCAGAGGACACUCUGCAGCUAGAUGGGCACAUGCUGGAUUCAAAGAGAUAUGCCAUCAUUGGAGCAGAUCUCCGAGACCUUUCUGAACUGGAAGAGAAGCUAAAGAAAUGUAACAUGAAUACACAAUUGCCAACACUCCUGAUAGCUGAAUGUGUGCUGGUUUACAUGACUCCAGAGCAGUCAGCCAACCUCCUAAAGUGGGCAGCCAGCAGUUUUGAGACGGCCAUGUUUAUAAACUACGAGCAGGUGAACAUGGAUGACCGGUUUGGGCAGGUCAUGAUUGAAAACCUCCGGAGGCGACAGUGUGACCUGGCAGGAGUGGAAACCUGCAAGUCACUAGAGUCACAGAAAGAACGGCUGCUAUUGAACGGGUGGGAGACAGCAUCUGCAGUGAACAUGAUGGAGCUGUACAGUGGGCUUCCACGGGCAGAGGUGAACAGAAUAGAGUCCCUCGAGUUCCUGGAUGAGCUGGAGCUUCUGGAGCAGCUCAUGCGGCACUACUGCCUGUGCUGGGCCACCCGCGGAGGCCAGGAGCUGGGUUUGAAGGAGAUAACCUAUUAAUCUGUUGAAGGUUCGUGCUGAGGUCGAAGUCGAAGUCUCUAGCCGAGGGACUGCCCUGGGCCCCUGAGGGAUGGGUAGUGUCAUCUCUAUUGUUGGCCCUGUUGCAUAUCCAGAACCCUUGGUUACAAAGGUGGUCACACCAGAUCCUGUUCCUGUCACUUAUCAUUGUUUAAAUAAAUCUCACUUGCCAUUUG